AUGUCUUCAUUACAGGACCAACUUUCCCAAGUUGCUGCUAACAAUGCAACUGUUGCAUUCGAUCGAAAAAGGAGACAGAAACUUCACACUGCUUCACUAAUCUAUAAUCCCAAGACCGCUGCCACUCAGGAUUAUGACUUAAUAUUCGAAGACGCAUCUUUAGCUUUAGAAGAGUUAAUACAGCAAGAUUCUAGGUUUCAGGUUUUUACUCGUUCGUUGUUUAAUUCCUCUUCUGUUUCUAUUGACAGGAGUCAGCAAACUGCUGAGCAGGUUAAAGCUUUGGAUAAUGCCAUAAAUGCGUAUUUAAUGCUUGUGUCUUCUAAGUGGCAUCUCACUCCUACUAUUCGUGCUACUGAAUGGAUUGUUCGUCGUUUUCAAGUUCAUAUUCACAAUGCCGAGAUGCUUCUACUGUCUACAAUCAACUAUUACCAGACGCCUAUAUUCAAGCGGAUUUUGAACAUUAUUAAAUUACCUCCAUUGUUCAGCCCAUUUUCGAACUUUAUGAAAGCGAAUGAAAAUUCUCCAAGUAAUUUGACUAUUAUUAAACUAUUCAACGACAUGGAUUUCCUUAAGUUGUAUACGAACUACCUCUCGAAGGUCAUCAAACAGAAGGUUUCAUACACAAGCCAGUUGUUGUUCACGUCAUGUUCUUUCAUCAACUUAAUUGCUUACAACAUAGGAAAUGAGGAAAAACUAAAACAAUUGGUUCCGAUUCUACUGGAAGUUUGUGCAAAAUUAUUAGGGUCAAGUUCCGUUGAAUGUCAUGCCGCUGCACAUACUGUUUUAGUUGUCUUGGCAACUGCAUUACCAUUAAAAAGACAAAUAAUUCUUGCCGCUUGCGAGACCAUUGCCAGCGCUGUUGCAGAAGAUGGUGCCACUAGGAGAAGCGCACUAAUUACUAUUUGUAAACUACUUCAAACGCUAAAGGGCGAAGGUAAUGUGGACCAUUUCCCAGAUCAUUUAUACAGAGUGAUUGAUUCCAAGUUUUCUAUGGAGUAUACUCUAGAGUUCUUGGGUAAGAAGGAGACACCAGCAGAAAUUUUUGCAACUUCCUACCUUCGUUCUAUCACUAGAUAUGAUCAUUCAAAGUUAACUUCAAUCGUAUCAGUUUUAAAGCUAGUGGAACUUGAAAAGUACCAACUAAGGUUGCUAAUAACUGAUCUCGUAUACUUGUCAGAAGUUUUGGAAGAUAAGUCUAAAUUGAUUGGGACGUUUGAAUACCUUGUUUCUAUAGACGAAGGUUUGGUUUUGAAAUGUCUAGAAUCAUUAAAUUUAACUGGUGAAAUAUUUGAAGUUAGACUAACGACAUCUCUAUUUUCCGUGGAGAAUUUUGAAGCAUCCAAAAGUGAAGAUCUUUUGAAGAAACUACAAGCUGGCAAUACCACGGGCAGCUCUGCAGUUCAACCCUUCAAGGAAUUCCUGAAUAAGAACUCCGAUUAUAUAUACACUAAGACCGUGUCGUUAUUGGGUCUAGAAGAUGAAAAGUUUUCCAAAUUGCUUUCACUGUUUAUUAAUGCUAUCGGUAAGAAAUACCAACCAGGGCUUUUCCUCUCAUCUUUCUUUACUACUUUAGAAGGUAGAAUUACGUUUCUAUUGAGAACUAUAGUCUCGCCUUCCUCACCAGCCGCUCUGCGUCUAAUUUCGUUGCAUAAUCUGUCGAAAAUAAUAAGUUCUAUUGGAUCAGAUUCAAAUCUCUUCACAUUAGUUCCAAUUUUGACUGUCGCAUUGACUGAUGUUUCAAAAAAUGUCAGAGAAGCAGCUAAAAAAGUUCUUCAACAGAUUUCUAAAAGGCAAUACACUAAGCGUUUCUUCAUGGCUGAAAAGAUCUACGGUGAUGGAUUAUCUAUUCCAAUGCUUAGUCCAAAAGAUAGUGAGUUGUGGUUGAAUAAUCUAUUGGACGAAUACCUGGUUGAGAGUUAUGAUAUUUCUCAACUAUUAGUUCCAAAGAAAAAUGAAAAGAUCUAUUUAUUAUUUUGGGUUAACCAGGCUUUAUUCAUUCCCUUACCGUUACCAAAAAUGACCAUUUUAAAGUACCUAACCAAGCAUUCGUCAUAUUCAGCUAGUUAUUCUCAACUCUUUGAACCUAUGUUGUCAAACUACUUAAAGGAUAGGGCACAAUGGGAAGUUAAAUGUGCUCAAAACAAGACCAAUUUUAAGCAAUUUGAGACAGAAUUGGUUUCUUUGGUGACAGAAAAGGAGAAAAACCAAGUAGUUAUCAAUUUUGUGUUGGAAUGUCUAAAGUGCCCUCAUGAGCAGCUUGCAACUUUGAUGGCGAACCGGUUGCUCAACAUAUUUUCGACUUUAAAGCAUUCAGUACAGCUACAGAUAGUAGAAAGCAUUGUAAACACUACGUCAGAGCUGGAAUUGUCAUACGAUUCAAUUGACACGUUGCAAAACUUGCCAUUGUCUGUUGAAUUAUUUGUUUCCAUUUUAAAUCAAAAUAAGAUUGCCGACGAGACUACAACUGAUUUAACUAAGAGGAGAAGAAGAAGAUCUUCAAGCAGUCAUAAAGCUGUGCUUCAAAAUGAAGAAGUUUCACAUAUUGCUGAAGUCCAUCUAAGAAAGCUAACUAUAAUUCUGGAGGCAUUGGAUAGAAUGCGGAUUACGGGCUCAGAAGAACUUUUUACGACCUUGUUCACAAUUCUUUCAGAUUUAGAGACAUUGGACCAAGACGGCGGUCUUCCUGUUCUAUAUGCUCAGGAGACAUUGGCCUCAUGUAUGCUAAACAGCAUUGAAACCAUGAAAGCCAAUUCAAAGAUAACAAGUUUGAAGUCGAUUCGUGCUGACAUCCUUGUAACCGCUAUUAGGGCUUCUCCAUCCCCGCAGUUACAAAAUAAGUUACUUUUAGUUAUUGGUGCACUAGCAACGCUAAACCCUGAAGUUGUUCUGCAUUCAAUUAUGCCAAUUUUCACUUUUAUGGGUGCUCAUUCUAUCCGCCAGGAUGACGAAUUCUCAACUUUAGUUGUAGAAAAGACUAUCAAAACUGUUGUACCUGCUCUUUUAGAAUCGGGCUCAUCUACUCUAUCUGAUGAACUCGAAUUUCUUCUAAUAAGUUUUACAACUGCCUUUUCUCAUGUUCCUAAGCAUAGAAGGGUAAGACUCUACACCACGUUAGUCCAGACUCUAGGUCCUGAGAAUGCAAUUUCUCCAUUUUUGUUCCUCAUUGCGCAGAGCUAUUCAAACAGCAUCAAUCACUUUAGCAUAGCAGAUGCUAAGAGCACUCUAGAAUUCUCUAAGAAAUUCCUCUCCAAUUUCAGUGUUAUUGAUCAACUAAAUGGUCUUUCUAAAUUAUUUGAACUAUUAAGGCUCUUAUCAGAUAUCAGUAGCACCGAGGGUGUUAAACAACCAUAUCGAACAUUAUUUUCUAAUGGUGUUUUGAACUUCACCAGUUCUGAGCUGUUUAAUUUGAAGAAAAAUGCUUUUGAUUAUAUUGAUAACUUAGUUUCGGAGGAGAGUGUAGAUUACCAUAAUUCCAAUGGUACCUUAAAAUUGAGGAUCUUAAGUGCAUUAACUGAUCCACAAUCGGGAGCAGCUUUUAUUUCAGCCAUAAUUGCCAGGUUUGGUGCUUUAUUGAAUGCUAUCUUGGAAUUUAUUAAUAAUGUCGAAAGCAUAUGCCAAACUGGAAACAGCUCUAUUUCAGACGCAGAGGGUUCAUUUACGGAAGCUGAAUCUGAAGAUAGAGUUGCUGAAAUAAAUGAAGUUUUGUUCAGCUUGUUAAGCCAUGUCUUGGACCUAUUACCAACCAAUGAAUUUGUUCAAUCUGUUAGUCCGCUACUCAAUAAGGGAAAUAGUGAAGCAAUCAGACAUCACUUGAUCCUGGCAAUAGGUUCCAAGUUUGAUUUAGAGCCUAUCCAGUCUGCUGCUGAUGCAGAAAGCGUGAUCUCUAUGCUUUUCGGUAUAACUACAGGAGAAAACGAAUCACCUUCCAUUAUCCAAGUUGCGCUGAAUACUGUAUCAAUUUUGAUAACCAAAUUUGGAUCCCAAAUAUCUUCCACGUUAUUAACUGAGUCUUUGAAGGUUGGUGUUCAGCAUUUAUCAUCCGAGAGAAUGGACAUCAUCAUUUCUGCACUCUCUGUUCUCACCAAUACCGUCCAUAUUUUGGGUGUUAAAUCCAUUGCUUUCUAUCCAAAGAUUGUUCCACGUUCUCUAGAGAUCUUUGCAUCAGUCCAAGAUACUGAAGACGAAUUGAAAGAGCAAACUCAAUUAUCUGUGUUGCUGAUGUUUGCAGCAAUGAUCAAGCGUAUGCCAAGUUUCCUAUUAUCUAAUUUACUUGAUGUUUUCAAAGUGGUAUUCUUUGCUGAUGAUGUCCAAGACUCCAUUAGGUUGUAUGUUAUCUCACUUAUUGUCCAGCAUAUUGACUUGAAAGAAGUUAUUAAAACCUUGCAUAAGGUUUGGAUCUUACACGUCUGUAAGACCGAAGACUCCGUUGCAGUCUCUAUGUUUUUAAGUACGCUAGAGUCCACGGUGGAGGCCAUUGACAAAAAGUCGGCUGCAAACCAGGCUCCAAACUUCUUCAAGCUCUCUCUGGCCUUAUUUGAGUACAGAGCUAUCAGCUCCUUUGAUAAUAACACCAUAAGCCGUAUUGAAGCCACCACUCAUGAAGUCGUGGUUGCAUACGUUCUCAAACUAAACGACAAGGUAUUCAGGCAACUCUUUGCUCUCACAGCCAGAUGGGCUUUUGAUGGUGAAUGUGUGACAAAUACAACCAUCACGAAGGUGGAACGUCUCGUGGCUUUCUACAAAUUCUACAACAAGCUACAAGACAACUUGAAAUCAAUCAUCACUUCAUACUUCAACUACUUACUCGAACCAACCAACAACCUUCUAAAGGACUUCAUCAGUGGAACCAUCCAAGAUACCAACUUACGCAGAUUAGUCCUCAUUUCUCUCAACUCUUCCUUUAAAUAUGACAGAGACGAGUAUUGGAGGUCCUCUACAAGAUUCGAGCUCAUCUCCACUUCCCUUGUCAAUCAAAUUGCAAACAUUCCAGAUGUUAUCGGCAAGUACCUUGUUAAGGCAAUCACUGCGCUAGCAGUCAACAACUCUGAGAUCCCAGAGCAUAAUAAAAUCAUUAAUGGUCUAUUGAUCCAACACAUGAAAUCUGAUUGUCAAACAAAACAGAAGUUGUGGGCCGUAAAAUCAAUCAAGUUGAUCUACGCCAAGGUCGGUGAAAAAUGGCUUGUCCUACUACCUCAGUUGGUUCCAAUAAUUGCUGAAUUAUUGGAAGACGAUGACGAACAAGUCGAACAAGAGGUUAGAACGGGCCUAGUUAAGGUUGUAGAAAACGUUCUAGGGGAACCGUUCGAUAGAUACCUAAAUUAG